AUGAUUGCAACAGGAUAUCAAUUAAUGGUUCGUCUAAAGGCUGAGAAACGACCACAAUUGGAAAACUUAUGGCCUAAUGUAUUGCCACCCGGUGGUCCGAUGCCCGGUUCCUUAACUGAAAUAAGCGGAGUCAAAGAUGAGGAGCUUCUUUUGAAAAUCAUUGCACGAACAGUUUUGCCUGAACAAUAUGGCGGGAAAUCGAGUCAAGUCAUACUCGUCGACUUAAAUCACAAAAUUGAUGAAAUUGAAAAGUAUCUGUUGGAUGUGAUGUCCCUGAGUGAGAAUUUUUCGCAAGAGGAUCCAACGCUUAUCGAUGAUAUUCUAUGGAAAUGUUUAAACUCGAUUAUCUACAUUUCUUGCUAUUCGUCGGAACAAUUUGAUUUAGCGCUCGAAGAACUUGAAGAUAUAUUGUGGGACGAGGAGAAUGUAUCGCUUCUGGCCAUCGAUGGUUUGGAUGCCUUUUAUUGGGAUGAUUGCUAUGAUCGACUGCAGCGCAUGAUCACACACUACAGAAAAAUGUGUCAACGUUUGCAAAGAAUUUGCCAAGAACAUAAAGUUUGUUGCAUCUAUACCGUGGAAACAAAUUACUUACAGCACAAGUCCAACAGCAAGGCUAAGGUUAGUAAUGUCUAUAAUUCUUUUGUAGAUUUUAAAAUUAAACUAGCUCUGAAGGAUGGCUGUCUCCAUCUGAAUGAUAAACCAUUUUCAUUUGAUAUGAAAUAA